AAUUUCCCUAUACUAUAUGCACGUUUCAUGAUUGAAGUGAUUCUCUACGUUAUGCAUGUACAUAGAUUAAAAUCUUAAAAUUUGCAUUGCUUAUGCAUUUUUUAUAAGGAUAUAUAAAGAGCAGGGGAAUGCAAUAGAAAUUCUGUGGGGAUAUAAUUUUAAAAAAAAUUCUUUUUUGGACAAUUUCUAGUCCCAGCAUUGCAUGUAAAAUUACGUAUUAAAUAUGCAAAUUUCCUGGUGCUGAAAUAGGGUCGUGCUCUCUACUGGGAAGAGGGUUGAUUAAUAUGUAAAAAGAUGUAAUGCAGGGCGUUAGUGCAUAAUAGUGCAUAGUGAAUAAGACAACUGUAAAACAGUAACCAUCUGUCACUGUCAGGUAGAACAGGAAUAAUUUAUUAUAUAUUAAAUAUAUAUAUCAUAUAUAUCAAAGUGUCGCGAAUGUCAUUGUCAUUCAAAAAGGAAUCACUGCUCUCAUGAAACGUGAAGUGCAUAUAUACAUUUAAAGAAAUCGUCUCAAAAAGGAAACUCUCGUAGCGGACUAUUUACAAGAGAAAAUAUUUUCUUUUUUAAAGAUACGACUCCAUAAGAAGACCUAAAAAAAGUACAAUAAAUAACAAAAUUUUUUUCACUGUUCGCAGAUACUCGCAAUUUUGCAAUUACAUUUUACAUUUUUCCAUAAGCGUAUCACUCACAGAGUACAUUCGUACUGGCAUAUCGAUUCCCAAUACGAAUACGAUUUUACCUAAUUGUCAAAAUUACGCAAAAUUACCCAAGUGUGUCCUAAUACCUGACAGAGUUCCUACAAAUUGGUCAAACCUAGUCGCGGGUCCAGCCUCUACCGGAUGGGGAUCCUUUCACUAGAGAGUUUGGAAGACUCCAUUCAAUCAUCGCUAGGUCAAAGGUCAUAUCUCUUAUUCGUGAAAUAAAAUGAUGUAUAAAGAAUCGAAUGAAAAAAAUCAGGUCAAUUAAUUUCUAUAACAAUAUCCCAAUGCUGCUCUUGCUGUGGGUUAUCUGAUAAGCGAAAUCCAUGAACACAAGAUAAUAUAAUAGAAAAAAAAUUCUCUCAGCAUUUGAUGAGAAUUCGAAGUUGCGGCAGAGACUAUUAAGCGUUCUCUCGGGUGACGUCACUGACUCCUAAGAGCGAAUGGAUCGUGAGAGGCACAUCAAAGCUGAGUUACUUUUCCUUCUAGUGCGCCCUUCGCCCAACGGUAGAGAACGUAUAAGGCACACUGAACAGUAAUCUUGAUGGGAGAUAUUUCAAAAAAAAGGAGACUCAAAUUAUACCUCUUAGUAAUGGGGUCUAGUUUUUAUUUUUUCUUUCCAUAAAAAAGAACAUGUAUUCUCUAAUACUGCUACGGAAUAUAAAGUCCUAUGCUUGGCCUUUAUUACUUGGCACGCGCUGGUAAUUGUUCAAAUUAUCAACCGUGACUCAGCUUUACGAUAUCCGAAAUGCAUGCAAUACAUGUUGAUACGUUCGGUAAGAAAAAAAAAGGAAACAUGUUAUGACAUAAAAUUUCCAACCUAUUUACAAAAUAAGAUUGACUCGGAUAUCUCCAUUUCUGGAAACUUUACGAUUUGCAAUAAGAAAUAAUUUCUUGUUCUCUCAACUCUCUCUCAACUUUCUGAUAUAAUAAUUCGUACAAGAGUACUUAUAUUUUGAUACUAGAAAAUUACCUUUUCCCACCUUACCUUUCCUUCAAAUUAAGUCAUCGAACCGUUUAGAAUUCUAGUACGAGGUAAAAGAUUUUGCAAUAUCCGCAAUGCCAGUGCAAUUAACUUGUGUAUCAAUGGAGUAGAGUAUUACCAAAGAAAUUGUGUAUGAAUCGGCUGUUAGAACAAUAGUUCGAUAUGUUGAUACGAUGGCUUUGAUUCUAAUCUAAACUUGAGAAAAAAGAACGGUUGAUUAAAUAGCGUAACAGUCAUAGUCCAAAGGUAUGGCUCAUUUGUUACUUCAUAGCUCGUUACCGAAGAAGCCUCUGUGCAGAAGAGAAGAGGAAAGACAAUAUUUCGCAAGAGAAUUUACACGAAAGUCUAAGAAAGACUCAUAAUGUGAACAUGCUUAAUUAACCUUACUAAUUAUUUAAAAAUUUUCAAAACUACAUACCUGUCUUCCAAAACAAAGAGAUCCACUCUAAAUUCAUCGGUAGGUCUAAUUUUUACCACACACGUAUCUGAUAAUAAUUAAUGAUUGUCUAAGAUAAAAAAAUUACUCAUCAUCGUCAUAGUUAUGAAUUGCAAAAAAAUAUUGCAGAGUCAAGAAAAAUAAUUUGCAAGGUACUGGCUUAAAUUUUGAAAAGUAAAACUAUAGGAUAGUAAUAAAUCUCGCAGAUGGUCCAUGAGAAUGAAUCUGCAGAUUACAGUAUAGUUCCCAUCGUUCGUAAAAAAUAUGUUUACAUGUAUCAUAUUUCUAUACGUUCCUAUGGAACAGUUCCUAGCACCACUCCAUGUACUAUGGUUUUGCAGAGGAGGUUCCGAUUCCCAUUCUCGUUCCUAAUCUUAGGAGGUAUUUUCUGAAGAGGUACGUUGCCUUUCGUCGUCUAUAGUGAAAGUGCCCCGGGUCGACUCACGUGCUUCAACCUUCCCGAGUAUAUCUCGAGAGGAACUGUAGUCGCCACGCUUAGUAUCAUCUUAACCAUCCUUUGGAAUUCUUCACCUUUUCCUUCACCUUCCGCCACUCGGAUUAUUCUUCUUGUUGACCCUCACGACCGUCACGUGUGAACUCUGAACCCGCGCACUGUGACCAGUGAACUUGUACCUGGGUCGUUGGACGAAUAUUAGCGUCCCAUGGAAAUUGUGCCAAGACGUUUGAAUUGUCAAAAAAAUAGUUGAAAAAUAGUGAGUACAACUUUGGCGGAAAAAGCUUGGCGAACUCCGGGACGGACGAUUCUUUCGGAUAUGUCGGCCUAGACUAGGGGGUGGUCUUGCGCGAUAACGAGAAUGAAGAGGAUUGGAAGGAGGGAUUGGUUGUCGCUGGUGCUGCUGAUUCUAGUCCUGGUAGAGAUCGAUGCUCAAAAGCAAAAGAGACAAAUUUACAGGGAGCAAGUGUUACCUGCACUCGGUGGGAAAAUUCCUGACGAAGCCUUCAGGUCAGAUCGAUUGGCUCUUAAUCGAUUGAACAAAGAAGGUAUCACGACUCCCGAUGGAGUCGUCUUGAUCGGGCGAGAAGUGCAAAAACAUCCCCAAAAGGAAAGAUCAAUGCCUGAAUUGUUGAAGGUUUAUCUGACUCCGGAUGGUCGAUACGUCCCGCCAGAGGGUCGGUACCAUUACAGCCAUCCCAAAGCCGUAGAUACGACCUACGUUAUCCGAAGCCCAAUUGGUCGUGGAGGGAGUCAUAAAUCAGGGAAUGAUCAGAGCAGCUAUAAGCCACGUGGUUUCAGCAAGUCUUACUCUUACACGAGACAGCAGCAAUAUCCGGGAUCAUCAGCUCUGCGGAAGCCAGGAAUUUAUAAGCCAAUAAUCGCCCCGUUUAUCAUUCCGACCCGAGAAUUAUUGGUUCAGCCAUUUUAUCCAAUCUGGAAUACAGAUUUCGGCUGGAACGAUGCUGUAUACGACUCGUUCGAUGAAUUUUUUAUUAACAAUCUUGCUCUAUUCAAUUCCCACCAAAUAAUUACAGAUUAUGACGAAUUUUUUAAUCAAUUUCACGCACGUCAAUUGAGACACAUUAGAACGGAACAUGAUGAUAAGAGUUCACACCCAUCGACUAAUAAUCUUGAGGUCAAUGUCAAGCCACCAGUAACUACGUUGGAGCCUCCAAUUUUGUCGAAAAAUUUUCGGUCGAAAAAUGUGUCAAAAGUGUCUGGUUAUACAGAUUUGACGAAAAUACCAGAAACCAGUUUCGUCUGUCGCGGAAGAACGGGGACGUUUGCUGAUGUUCAAACUAAAUGUCAAGUAUUUCAUGAGUGUACUGGAUUUUCGAAAAGUUCAUCCCUGUGUCCCGUAGGAACAGCUUAUAGCGAAAGUAAAAAACGUUGCGAAUGGUGGAACAAUGUUACCUGCCAACUGUGAAAAAAUGGAGAGUCAACGGUUCAAUAAAUA